AGAUGGCGCCACCAUUCGUUCGAUGAACGAUGGCAGACACGUUUACGAAUGUAUCUAGCUCUUCUGGGCACAUUGACCCGCCAAAUCCGUGUUAUUACGGAGUCUUUGCGUCGAAACUAAAUGGAGAUACUGAUCAAAAUCAAUCGUCUGAAAAUUUAGGACAAUCUGUUGCGCAAGCACCAAGUAAAACGUUAAAAUAUUCGUACGUUCAUAAUAUUAAAUUAAGUGUAAAGAAGGAUAGGGACUUUUGUUGCUAUUUUGCGGAUAUAAGUACUGAUGAAAGACUUACUAAGGUUAUUUGUUUUCUUGGCGCUUCUGAGAUGAAACUUGAGUUGUUUCAAGAUGACAUCGAUGAAUAUGUCUAUUCUAUAAAAAAGACUGAUGUUUAUAGUAGCGAAUUGGCAAACUGGUCCGAUAUUUGUUUGUAUUACAUAAGUCGUAGCCUAAGAGCUUUGAAAAACAAUGUGCAAUGUUUGAUUUAUGCCGUUUGUUUGGAUUAUAACGUUAAGGUGGUUGGUGCUGAUAAAAAAUUGUGUAAGGAUAUCGAAAGAUUCGUGAAGAGCAUCUCAGUAAGAAAUUUAUUCCCUAAUGACGAAAGCCCUUCUACAAACGACAAAGUCUGUUUUGAAAUAACUCUAAAUGAAGAAGGCUGUACAACUAAUUGUCACGAUUCCACAAAAUUUUGUAAACAAUGGGCAAACCGGAUGAUACUUGAUGGUGUUAUUUCCAAUCCUUCACUAGUUAAAAUGAUAGUGAACGAUUACAAAGUCAAGUUAUCUCAUGAUUUAAACAAACUUAACCGAUUACUCAAGGCCGCGCAACUUGAUUACUACAGCCUAUACUCGUUAAUGCCUGAUAUUCUUGAGGAACUCCGAAAAUGCUUCCGUACUUUCCUAUCUGGUAAGCGGGCAGAAUAG